ACCAGGACAGUGCUCACGCAAGGAAGCUUGCUUUUGUCCUGCAGCUGCGGCAGGGUCUCAGAACGGAGGCCCGGCCUGGCUUAUGACGCCUCGAGCAGCCAGUGACAGGCCACGCCCGCCCUGCAUGUGCUGCUUGCUGCUGCUGAGAGAAGACGGGAAGACAGACGGAGCUGUGAAUAAGAAAAGAAAGAAGAAAGUGCAGUGGGUGCAGCUGUAGAAAAGGUGUAGAAAAAGAAAAUGGCGCAGUUGCAUGGAAGGAGAUAUAUUCGGGCAUUUGUAAGUGGAUUUUUUGUGGCUGUACCAGUCACUGUGACUUUCCUCGAUCGAGUUGCUUGCAUUGCAAGAGUGGAAGGUGUUUCAAUGCAGCCUUCCUUGAAUCCUGGUGAUUAUAAUAAAUCCGAUGUAGUACUUUUGAACCGAUGGAGUGUUCGGAAUUAUGAAGUUCAGCGAGGUGACAUCGUCUCUCUAGUGUCUCCAAAGAACCCAGAACAAAAGAUUAUUAAACGAGUGAUUGGUCUGGAAGGAGACAUUGUAAAAACAGUAGGCUACAAGAAACAAUAUGUGAAGAUUCCUAGUGGUCAUAUGUGGGUGGAAGGUGACCAUCGAGGACGUAGUUUUGACAGUAAUGCUUUUGGGCCAGUUUCUCUUGGACUUCUGCAUGCACAUGCCACUCAUAUCGUAUGGCCUCCUUGUCGUUGGCAGAAACUGAAGCCACAACUCUCAAAUGAACGAAAUCCAAUACAAAGUGACAAAGAAUGAUUUUGACUAUUACUGUAUGUUUUUUUUUCAUAAUUAGAUGAAUAAUGUGGUUACUAGUCUAAAUGAUCGCUAUUUACUGUGUAAUUGAUGUUCAUAUUCACUAUUAUUGUUUUUUUCUGUUCAAAAUAUGUUUAAUGUCAAUGAAAUUGCUCUGGAUUAUCUUUGAAAAGGGCUGAAUAAAAAACAAA